GCCGCGCGAAGGUCCAUAACAUACGUCAAAUCCGCCAUCGUUCUCCAGCGAGAAGCAUUCCCCGCCGUUUCAAUUUCACGCCAGGCCGGUUUCAAAUUGUAUGUGUUUAUAUUUGAUUUAUUAAAGUUUUUUAUUUAAAUAAUAGACUAUGAGGUGAAUGGCCAUUAGAUUAUAAGAGGUGUGCUGAUAAUCAGAGUAACUUCAAAUAAUGGCGGAUGAUCAGAACGAGCGCCAGGAUCUACGCAACAUGAUGCUCGACGAUGACUCGGAGCAGCCCUCCAAUUGGUUCUGCUCUGCUGGUAUCAAUCACAUGUACUCGGUUCUAUCUUCAGUGUUCUGGAAGAAGCCCAAGUUAAAUCCAGAAGUGGAAGAUCCGUGGGAGAUAUCCUUCGAGUCGAUUGUUCUGCACGAGUACAUAGGCGCUGGGGCGUAUGCCAACGUGUACUCGGCUUGGCACAACGGCGAACUCGUCGCAUUCAAGAUGGUCAAUGACAAGAAGGAGCUCGAUAUGAAGUAUCUGCGGGAACUGAAACACCCUAAUAUUGUGCGUUUCCGCGGCGUGUGCAUGGAACCCACACGGUACGGAAUUGUGAUGGAGUUCUGCCAAUACGGCUCGUUGUUCAGCUAUAUACACGGCGGCUCGCGCAUCGUCACCACGAAGGUGGUGAAGUGGGCCAACGAGAUAGCGUCCGCUAUGCAGUAUCUACACAAGAACAAGAUAAUACAUCGCGAUCUCAAGAGUCCCAAUGUGCUGAUAGCUGACGAUCUAGUGGCCAAAGUGACGGACUUCGGACUGUCGCGCAUGUGGGACAAAUUCAGCGUGGUGAUGACGUACACAGGCACCAUCAGCUGGAUGGCUCCCGAGCUGAUUCUCAGGAAGCGGGCUUCGGACCGGAUCGAUGUGUGGUCCUACGGUAUCGUGCUCUGGGAGCUGCUGACUCAGAAGGUGCCGUACGAUGGUCUGUCAACGUGUGCGGUGACAUUCGGUGUUGGCAGCGAGAAGCUGUCGCUUCCUCUACCCGACACAUUCCCCGAACAUCUGAGGAUACUGAUCACGCACUGCUGGCAUCGGGAUCCACGCGACAGGCCGACGUUCGACAACAUAGUGGAGGCGCUGCCGGCCGCCCUACAUGAGCUGAGCAUCAUGAGCGAUGACAGGUUCAACGUUCUGCAGAAUAACUGGAUGCACGAGGUCGAUGAGCACAAGAGAAAUGGCUGGUUGGCUGCAGCUCACGAACGCGUUGAGCAAGCACCAGUACAAAAAAGUGCCAAGAAGCAGAAGAUGCUUAAUAGGAUGAUAGAGCGGGAUGCCAAGAAAAUAUACAUGGAGAGCUGUGCAGUGCGUCUCCUUCUUGAGCAGCGGGAGGUGGAUAUAGCUAAACGCGAGAAAGCGUUCAACAGAAUGAUCCCCCGGAGCGUACUGAACAAUCGUCGCAGGAGUUUCUCCUCAUCUUCGUCAGACAGCGUCCCCAAGCCGACCCUGGUGAAGCUCCGCUCGGACACCAACAAGGCGGCCACCAUCACCGAGCUGGCGACCAACCCUCCCCUCCAGACCACUGAGGCUAUGGACGACGUGAACGGAAACGUCGGCACCGACACCUGUCAGGGUAUUGUCAAUGACAAUUAUAUAGAACAUGCCAUUGCAGUUUAAUUGUACUGCAGCUGUAUGUGGUAGUGCGGAAUUGCUGUAUAAUUGUGUAUGUGUGUGUUAAGUAGUAUGAUUAAGGCCUGCGUAGACGAACAUUUUGUCUGUAUACAAAAUUCCCUUUAGUCACAACACUAUUAUGACCUGUAUAAUUACAAUCUUGUUUGCCAUCUCUCUGUCGGUGCUAAAAAUUAUUGCCAUUUGAUGGAAUUUGGUAUUAAACUUUAUAAUUUAGUAUUUACUUGUACUACUUCCAAAGAUGUUUAUCACACGUUUGUCAGUACAAAUAAAACUAAAUCAUAAAUGCAUCGUUACAGGUAAAAAAGGGAAAUUUAGGCCACAGAUAAAAUGAUCCUACCCUAUGCAGGCCAUUAAGUUUAUUCAUACCGGAUUGAGUCUGGACUGUUAUUAUAUAUAUUGGCUUUACUAACGUUUUAAACUGCGGAAAUGCCUGACGAUACACUGAAAUCAUUCGAGAAUUAAACCCGGCACCCGACGAUAAGGCGGCGGCUGUGAUAUACCUCUGUACAAUCGGCUCCACCACUAGCGCCACUGCUGCAAACCGCAUGCGCAGUACAGCUGACCCGUGCUCAUGAAUAAGGGCUUCUAUUGAGUCCGAAACUAGUUCACUGAUCCUCGUAUUUAAAACGUGAAUAAAGCCUAUAUAUUUACAAUACAGUACGACUCACAAUAGUUACUAUCCAACAAUGUCUGGAUUAUCUUUCAAUUUUUAUAAAUACGGACUUUGGUGGUUUUUUUUAUUAUUCUAAAACAUUAAUCAUUAACAAAUAGAUUCACGGUAAAAAUCUGUAAUUGUUAAGCUGGAAACAUACUGCUGGACACGUCAGUCAGUCGCUGUGAACAGUGUAUGGUUGCCCUGUCUCUUUAAUCACAUGUACUUAGUCUUCUCGUGACCAGACGUAGCCUUUGUACAAAAGUAAUCUGCUUGGAUACGUCUGUUUCAUUCGUUUUUCCAAGUUGUGUUUGCAUAGCUGUGUAUCAAUUUGAAGGAUUGGAUAUAGCAAUGAAAUUACAGGAUACAGAGGCAUAACAUCAUAGACCUCCGGAAUGGCAACGCAUGGGGAGUAUCAUGGGCGAUACUGUAUACUCUGCUAUGUCUAUGGUACAUUUCAUGUCUAUAGGCGACGGUUACCACUUUCCAUCAGGUGGACCGUCAGCUAGUUUGCCAUUCUCAGUUGUAUACAAAAAAAUCACAUAACAUUGAGUGAAGCAGAUCAUUGUCAAAGUCCGAUCGUUCAAAAAUAUUCGGAACAUGCAUAGUUCAAUAAAAAUAAACCCAGAUCGCAUCAGUCAGCUGCGGCUGUCAAACGAGUCCGAUAAUAUGUUUCCAGCUUUACAUUCUAUUUUUGAAAUUUCAAAUUUUUUUUUUACAAUCGAUCUGAUCUAUAUCUGUGGAUACCAGUUACCUAAAUUUUAUUUCAUAAUUAACGUUUUAGUUUACUUUAUAAAAUCUUUGCCUAAAUGGUCAUAGACAUUUAGGUAAAAAUGUUGUAUUUAAUUGAAUUUUGAUAGUUGAUACAGACAUUGCAUGUCUUACAGUAAACUCUAAUCGUGUAAAUAACCAAACGGAGAAUUUACCGUGAACACAAAAUCGAAGCCGAUUCAAUUGAAAUUUCGCUUAUCUUCUAUCUCGCUCACAUCCGAAUUGGAGUACGAUAAGGGGAGAACAACAGCUACCCUCCUUCUCGCUUCGUUUCAACAACGAUGUCGAAUCCUAGUAUAGAAUAUAUAUGUUAACGAAAGGACUGUAAGAAACAGGUAAGUAAAACGAAGGAGAGAAGGUUUUAUGCAUGUUAUUUAGUAGGUAUAGAUGCAUGAAUUAGUUGCACCGACAAGAGGAAACUCUUCAAUUAAAAGAGAGAGCGGGAAAGUGAUGUGACAGUGUUGUGUAGAAAAUAAACUAUUUUAAUAUAUAUAAAAAAAAAAUAUAUAUAAAAAAGUGCGUUGUGCAAAAUAAAAAAUUUAGUGUAAGAAAAUAUAUAUUUUAAUAAUAAAAUAGUAUAAAAACUUGCAUUAUACACAAUACAUAUUGUAUGUACUACACUUCAUACAGUUCUCGUGAACGCGAGCAAGUGAAACGUUAUUUUCAUCAAUGUUGAACUUUCACAUGUCACCUGGGAAAUAAGCAUUAAAUCUUAAAAGAUUGUCUUUCUAUGUGAUUCUUCUUGGUGUUCGUAGUUAGGGCUAUAUAUUGUAUAUACUUUUUUUUUUAAGUUUUCCUAACCCAAGUAAUGAAUAUGCCUGAAUUGCUAUUCACCGUAAAGGCAAAAGGUAUUCUGCCCUAACGCAUACUAUACAAUGAAGCCGUAAACACAAAUGUAUUUAGGUUUGUUUUUUUUCCAAGAUACGUCAGUUAGUUUUUUUUUUUUUUCAUAUUUUAACUUUAGUUCUUAAGGUUUUUUUUUUUUUAUUUUUUUUUCCUUUAUUAAUAUCUUUUAAGUGUAACUGUUUAGUUAUAUAUUCCUAAUUUCAUUUUAUUCUUUUUGAAAUUUUAACUUUAAUCCUCUUCAGGUUUUUUUUUUAAUUAUUUUUUUUUUAAUUAUAUAUAAAUUAUAUUUGUUUGGAGUUAAAUUCUUUUUAAUUAAUAAGAAAAAAAUACUUAUUUCGUUAUAAGUUAAAAAUUUUAUCACUGAGCAACGUCUGACCAUUCUUUUGUAAUAAAUUUGUACAGUA